AUGGCGGAAUACUGGAAAUCAGCACCCAGAUUCUGGUGCAAACAGUGCAAGAUCUACAUCCGCGACACCGCAUUCGAGAAAUCCCAACACGAGGCCAGCGCAAAACACCAAUCCAACCUAAAGCGCUUCCUCCGCGACAUCCACCGCAAUAACGAACUCCAGCAACGCGAUUCACAAAGAGCAAAGGAUGAAGUCGAGCGGUUAAAACAGGCCGUAUCCGGCAAUGCGCCGCCCGGGAAACGUACAGCCGCGCCUCCGCCGCCGCCAACAGAGCGACCAGUUUCGGUUGAUGAAAGGAAGAAACAAAUGGCGCAGUUGGCGGAAAUGGGCGUUGCGAUUCCGGAUGAGUAUAGACGGGAUAUGGCGCUGGCGGGUGAUUGGCAGACUACGUCUGUCAAGGUGAUUCGAGAUGAUAAUGAGAAGGGGAAACAGGCGACAAAGUCAAUCGGGGUGCGCAAGCGCAAGGCUGAAGAAGAUGCGGAUACGGAUGAAGAACAGGAGGAACCUGAACGACUUGUUAGUAAGGGAUGGGGGUCGACGACGCGGAAAUACCCCGGUGCUCAGGGUGAGGAUGAAGAUCUGGAUACGCUACUUGCAUCUACGAAGAAUAUCAAGAAGGUUAAACCUUCUAAGGAUGAGUGGCCGGAGGAGGAGGGUGUAAAGAAGGAAGCAGCUGAUGAUAAUGUUCCGACGAAGAGUGAGGCUGGGGAGGAGGCUGCUGCUGCUGCUGCGGCGCCGGCGCCGGCGCCGGAGUCUGAGCAGGCUCCUAUCAAAGAAGAACCGUCUGAUACGACUUCGGCUUCUGCGCCAGUCAAGAACGAGACUGAAGAGCCAGAACCGGCGGGAGGAGUGCUAUUCAAGAAGCGCAAACCGAAGGCUAUGCGGAAAUAA